GCCCCCGCCCCCGCCCUGACCCGUGCACCUGCUGUUUCUAGAAGGAGAGCGAACCCCGGUUCCCCAGGGCCUCGCGCCUCGGUGCCCGUUUCGGGGCGACCUUUUUGGAAAGUUUGCUUCCUGAGAAGCGGUUUGUUGCCGUUUUCCCCCCCCUGAACCGUUGACUCUGCCGUAAACCUGUUUGUGCCUACGUGGAGCUGCUGAGACAGACUCUGCUUUUUGCAAGGAUCGGCCCUGCCUCAGAUUCAGCAGACUGAAGCAGCUCGUGCGGCUGGAGUUUUCGAGUCAGCGGGAGUGAAGCACCGCGCACAGAAGCUGCCGCCACAGGAGGGAAUGAAUCGCUCCUCUCCACGUUUCUGAUUCUACUUGGCUAACGCCAGUUCUGGGUUGGCGUGUGCGGAAGCGGGGAGGAUGCUUCCCUUCACCCGGUGCCGCUGUCUGAAGCACAUAGCACGGGCGUGCUUGUCUGCUGUGCAAGUCAGAAUGGGGAAACACGCACGCCUGUGUCUUCCAAGAGCCCUGGGACUUGCAGAAUUUGGGAAGUCAUGGCAUUCCACACACACUCUCAUUGGAAACAAAAAUAUUGUCCUGAUGGGGCCUCCGGGUGCCGGGAAGACAACCGUGGGCAGAAUCCUCGGGCAGAAGCUCGGGUGCUGUGUCAUAGACGUGGAUGACGACGUCCUGGAGAAAACCUGGAACAUGAGUGUGUCCGAGAAGCUGCGGGACGUGGGUAGUGAGCGGUUUCUAGAAGAGGAAGGGAAGGCUGUGUUGAGCCUGUCCGCGUGUGGAAGUGUGAUUUCGCUGACGGGCUCCACUCCCAUGCAUGACGCCAGCAUGUGGCAUCUGAAGGAGAACGGGAUAGUUGUGUACCUGGACGUGCCUCUCCUGGAUAUAAUUGGCCGUCUGAAGCGAAUGAAGGUAGACAGGAUUGUGGGUCAGAGUUGCGGAGCACCUAUGAAAGACUUGCUUCAGCUGAGACGGCAGUACUACAAGAAGUGGUUCGACACCCGCGUGUUUUGUGAAAGCGGGGCGUCCCCAGAGGAGGUAGCCGACAAAGUGCUGCGCGCAGUCCAACGGUACCAAGACGUGGACUCGGAAACCUUCGUUUCAACGAGGCACGUGGGCCCCAGAGACGGGGAGCGCAAGGUGCCGGCGAAAUUCUUCAGUGAGGCCGUGGUUGAGGGCCUGGCGUCUGACGGCGGACUCUUCGUGCCCGAGAAGGGGCUCCCAACAGUGAGCUGCGGGGAGUGGAAGAGCUUGGUAGGCGCGAGCUACGUGGAGAGAGCCCAGAUCCUCCUGGAGAGGUGUAUCCAUCCCGCAGACAUCCCCGCCGCCAGGCUGGGGGAGAUGAUCGAGGCCGCCUACGGGGAAAACUUUGCCUGCUCGAAAAUCGCCCCCGUCAGGCACCUGUCGGGCAACCAGUUCAUCCUGGAGCUGUUCCACGGGCCGACCGGCUCCUUCAAGGACCUGUCUCUGCAGCUCAUGCCGCAGCUUUUUGCCCACUGUAUCCCGCCCAGCUGCAACUACAUGAUACUGGUGGCCACGUCCGGAGACACGGGGAGCGCAGUCUUAAAUGGCUUUAGUCGGCUUAGUAAGAAUGACCAACAGAGAAUAGGCGUGGUCACCUUUUUCCCCGAGAAUGGGGUCAGUGAUUUUCAAAAAGCACAAAUCGUUGGCAGCCAGCGGGAAAACGGGUGGGCGGCGGGCGUCCAGGCGGAUUUUGAUUUUUGCCAGACGGCCAUCAAAAGCAUGUUUAACGAUUCCGACUUCACUGGCUUUCUCACCGUGGAAUACGGGACCACCUUGAGCUCAGCGAAUUCCAUAAACUGGGGCCGACUGCUCCCCCAGGUCGUUUACCACGCCUCCGCGUACCUGGAUCUCGUAAGCCAAGGGUUUAUUACUUUCGGAAGCCCGGUCGAUGUGUGCAUCCCCACGGGCAAUUUUGGUAACAUGCUGGCAGCGGUCUAUGCCAAAAUGAUGGGGCUCCCUAUCCGGAAGUUCAUCUGCGCCUCCAACCAGAACCACGUUCUGACCGAUUUCAUCAGAACCGGACACUACGACCUGCGGGAGAGGAAGCUGGCGCCGACCUUCUCUCCAUCGAUAGACAUCCUCAAGUCCUCGAACCUGGAGCGCCACCUGCACUUGAUGGCUAACAAGGACGGGCCGCUGAUGGCCAAGCUGUUCCGUCAGCUGGAGGACCAGCAUCACUUCCGGAUAGAAAGGGUGCUGGUGGAGAAGCUCCAGCAGGACCUGGUGGCCGACUGGUGCUCCGAGGGGGAGUGCCUGGCAGCCAUCAGCUCCACCUAUGACGCUUCCGGCUACAUCCUGGACCCGCACACCGCCGUCGCAAAGGUGGUCGCCGACAGGCUGCAGGACAAAACUUGCCCGGUGAUCAUCUCGUCCACAGCCCACUACUCCAAGUUCGCACCUGCUGUCAUGCAGGCUUUGAAGAUCCGAGAGCUCAGCCAGACGUCGUCAAGCCAGCUGCACUUGCUGGGUUCGUACAACGCGUUACCCCCACCGCAUGAGGCCCUGCUAGCCAGGACGAAGCAGCAGCAGCAGAUGGACUACCAGGUCUGUGCCGCCGACGUGGAUGUCCUCAAGAGCCACGUGGAGAAGAGAAUCCAGAAGCAAUUCGUGUGAAAGUUUUCUGAAUAGAACAGAAAUUGGUGCCACCCUCCCCCGCCCCAGGGAUAAGCGUGCAAUAAUAAAUCUCAAAAGUUGUUUUGAA